AUGAAAUCUACCUUAGUUCUCGCCUCGUUGGCGUCCUCUGCCUUCAGUUCAUCCCUCGUCGGUCUUGGUCAAAGAAGCAUAAAUGCAACCAGCACAACCGCCGUUAGUACUGUCGACUUGGAAACAGGCGCUAGGUGUGCAUGCAACAAUCUUGCUGUAUCAUACUCAAACUUGAUGAUUUACCCUGGGUCGGCCAACUACACCUCCCAGGUCACGAACUACUGGGACAUUCGAGCAGACCUUGACCCGGCAUGCAUCUUUCUUCCUACUUCAGCUGAGCAGGUGGCCGAUGCUAUCGGUCUUUUUGCCACAUGCGGUGCUCAAUUUGCGGUUCGUGGCGGAGGACAUAUGAAUUAUCCCGGAUCGAACAACAUUGACGGCGGUGUGCUUUUGGCCUUCGACAACAUGAAAGAAUAUCAAGUGAACAACGAUACUAUCGAUGUCGCCCCAGGGAUGACGUGGUAUGAUGUAUAUUCUGCGCUUGACCCAUACGGUCGCGCUGCCAUCGGCGGACGCCUCAAGACUAUCGGCGUGCCUGGUUUGACCCUAAUUGGUGGUGUAUCCUACUUUAUCAACAAGUACGGAUUUGCCAUGGACAAUGUGGUCAACUACGACAUCGUCCUGGGAAAUGGCACGCAGGUUGCCGCCAAUGCUACUUCGCAUCCCGAUCUGUUUUGGGCUUUGAAAGGAGGCGCGAACAACUUUGGCGUUGUCACCAAGUUCACCCUCAAGACGUACUCUAUGCCUCAUAUCAGCACAACAAUCCAAGAAUUCAACGAAACGGCAGUCCACGAUUUUAUCAAGGCAUCAUGCGACUGGGUUGUUGCCGAUAGUGACACUUCGAUUGCCGCUGGAUCUGUUCUAACCAUCACCUACAACGCCACAACUGGAAGCGUCUCACCCUUACUUUUGGGAGUCCAAGAGGGUAUCAGCAACCCUCCUUCGAAAUUUACUAACUUCACUGCUAUCCCCGGUGUGUAUAAAGUCAGCAACGUUACGACCUCGAAGCACGUAACCUUUGGCCAUCACUCAAUGUAUCCCGACUCUGACGUCUUAUACUCAAUGUAUCAGACGUGGAAGGCAGCAGUGAACCAAAUUGCCGAUGUCCAAGGUCUCUACCCUACUUUCGUUAUCAACAUUUCUCCUGCAAGUGCUGUCAAAGUAGGAAACACCAACGGAAUCGGUAAUGUCUGGGGACUAGCAGAAGAGCCUACGAUCUGUGAUACAGGAUGGGACAACGCUGAAGAUGAUCUUCGCGUCGAGGCGUGGGUUCGUCAGCUGGUGGAGCAUCUACAUGGUAUCAACAAGUGCAGUGGACUUGCCAGAGACUUCAUUUACAUGGGUGAUGGAGGUGAUUGGCAGGAUCCUUUUGCUGGAUUCCCUGGCGAGAAUGUACAGCGGAUGAGAGAGAUCCGUGAGCGCUAUGAUCCUCUGGGUACUUUUACGAGGUUGAACUGGGGUGGGUUCAAGCUUGGUAACUGAAGGAUAAGAUUGUGGGGAAGGACGAGCUUAUUGUAAAGAUGGGAUGGCAGUGACGCUCUCUUUGUUGGCUGUUGUUACUAGUUUAGAUCGUACAGGCCAGUGUUGGAUAGGAGGAUGUUUUGAGCUAG